AUGAAGCAAUAGAAAUUUGUCUGCUCUUCUUUAGAAGGGGAGUCCAUAUUCCAUGUAUACUAUAAUUAAAUAUACUGUAUCGCCGGUCUUAUCAAAAAGGCUUAAAAAAAAGCGCCUUGCUCUGAUUCAUAAUUCACGCUUUCUGACAACUUGUAAUUAAGCGCCAAACUACCCAAAAGUUAAAACCUUUUGAUAUGACAGACGAACAAUAGACACCUCUUGAAAAAGUCGCAAAACUUAUCAAACAUCGAGGAUGCAUUGGUUAGUUGUCAAGGCCUGAGUGCAGACAUGCGGAGUUCAAAUGUGGUGGUGUUUACAACGACAAAGCCCUCCAGCCUACUUUUGAAUUGAGGGAAGUGACAAUAAUAGCGGAAGGUGAUAUUGUAACAUUAACUACAGACUAUUUUUACGGGAGUACGGGAUCUACGAUACAGCAGGACGAUACAGAUUGUGUUCGCGAUAUUUGAAUAUUGGCGGUUACGCACGAAGGAAGUCGCGAGAGAAGCGUUUCACACGAAGCCUAUAUUCUAUAAGCGAAUAUCGGUUGAAGUUUGCAAGGUUUAAUCUUUAUACAUCUUUAAAAAAAAAGAGGAGCGAUAUGUGUAGAUUAAUAUGAAUCACGGAUGUCAUUACGCGAAUACUAGAAAAACAAUUCUUCUUCAAACUCGAGGUGGCAGUACCCUAGAAAUAGAAAUUACAGAACGGACAUCUGUGGAAGAUCUAAAAGCCGAGGCUGAAUUACGCGUGGGUAUUCCUGUUGAGCUGAUACGUCUUCAAGUCAACAAGGUGAAUUUGGAAGAUUCUGAGAAGAUAUGUGAACGAGGCCACCUGCAGAAAGCUACAUUUGUUGUGGCUGUCAAUCCACUAUGGGAGCAUUUCGUUGAUGCGUGUUUGAGAAAAGACAACGAAGAAAUCGUUGCUCGCAUUCGACUAAUGCACGAAUUUGCUCAUGAAGAUAAACUGUUUUUCUCCAGUUUUAUUGGCGCGAGAGUCGGAAACAGUGAGUUUUUAUUUGGUAUUUUGGUGGAAAAGAAAAUGGAUAUUAAAAGGACAUCAAAGACUGGUCGAAAUGUUUUACACAUGGCUGUUAUGAGCAAAUGUGUCAAUUGUAUCGCUGACAUUCUAAUGCAUGGCGGGGGUGAUCUCAUUGACAUGGCUGACAGGUACAACAAAACACCAUUCUGUCUGGCAAAAUCUGGAAACGCAGAUAACACUAUCAUUAGUAUUCUUAGUGGUUACAGAAUGCUCAGACAAAAGAGCGUUGUGGAUUGUAACAAUAGUGGAAAAGAGGAAAAGAGAGCGAAAUGCUGGACAUUCACUAGUGAGCGAGAUGCGUCGAUGGUCAAAAGCUGCUGUAAGAAUGACCUUUCGUUAGAUUCUUCGAUAAAAGUUUUAGGAUUGCAAAUGGAUAAAGUUAAAAUUGGUGGUUCCUUACGGAACCCAGCGGAUGAAAAAUGUUCUCACUAUCGAGCAGAUAACGAAGAAAUGAGAGUGAAGACGGAAGGUGAUUAUGAGCCUGAAGCAACUCACACUCAUGGCUCAGAACUCGACACCAGUAAUGAUAUGAAAGCGCGCGAUGAACAAUCCACAGGAACACCAGAAAUUAAAAGCGCUCGAAGACAAUGGCUUUCCCCUAAUAAGGAUAUUUCCAGAAGCUCGGAGGAUAUUUUAAAAGGCGAGGAUGAAGGUUGUGAAAGUAUUGCUUCAGAUGGCCCUGAUAGUGAUGGUUUAGUCGAAGGAAACUUUAGGCAAGAGAUGUUUGAAAAGUAUGGUAAUGCGAGCGAUGCGCUUCGUAGGGAAUACACAAGGACAGGGGAUAAUUCGCGACAUGAUACUUUACAGACUUUGAAAGAAAAAGAAGGAAAGAUCGCAGCGAACAAGAGUAAUUUCUGCGAAGACGAACUUGUCAAAAACACGCAGUUACAAACUGAAGAUAAGGACGUGGUAGAAAUAACAGUAGAACAUCUUACAGAGACAAGCAGUAAAAUUGCAAAAUCACCAAAGGAAGAUUAUGAACACGUGGAAUAUUCCCCAGCAGAACCACAAACCGAAAAAACGCCCCAAGACGUUAAACUACCCAUUCGUGGCAAACAGCGUUCAAGCUCAUCAUUUUCAGAGGAAAUCUAUUCUACUCAUGUUGUGACGGAAGAAGUCCACCAUUUGCCUCUGUGGAAAUCCUUGAGUUCCGAACCAGAGGGUCACGUGGUAUCUCGAAAUGUGGCGCGAUCCUCGCUGUCUCCGAGCGGAGAAAAUACAAACGAUGCCCUACCGAUAAUACGACGGAAAAGCGGACUGUUUUCGAUGGAUGCUAUGAGAAGUAAAACCGUCAGCAAGGAAAAAACGUCAGAUAGCGAUGUGGGUUGCGGGAUCGUCCCGAGACCACCCUCGGGACCCCGAAGACACCGUAAGCCUCGAUCCAGACGACCAUUAUCUGUCGGCGCGAGUCUAAAGGACAAGGAUACCAUCAAGAAAAGCCUACGAAAAAUCUCAUCUGGCGGAACAUCAAUACACCUCACUCCUCCCUUAAGGGACGGUCACAUAACCCCACCCACCCCUCCCUCUGGAGGCUCAUCAGAGUAUCUGUACGAAGAGGGGAGAUGGCAUGGCAGGGCAUCGAUUAUUAGUCAGGAAACGGCCGCAAGCUUCUUGUCACGUCCGCGAUCCAAAUCUAACCCGCCUUCCCCGGAAUCUCACGAACAUUUGGGCGCUCCACUCUCUAGACCCAGACUCCCCUCAUACAGCUCUGGCGAGGAGGAUUGGAACAAGGCUGUCACACGAAUGCCGCCUCGUCGCAGCAGAGCCGUGAGUGUUGGUAACUAUAGCGACACCUUUACGAGCAAGACACGGCGGCCAUCUUUGACGUACAAUGAAUGGUUAACGGAGAAAAAACUUCAGAUGCAGGCUGAAGGAACACGUCACGAAGAAGUGAAGACAAGCAAACGUAAGCUCAGUAAGACGAUAACCUAUGAGCAAUGGCUAGAACAGAAAGCUGCCGAGAAUCAACAAAGACAUUCAAAACACGCACCUGAGGAAAGCGACCAAUCAGAGCAUAGAGCACGCAAGGACUCUCUGCCAUACGCGGUCUGGCUGCAGAAAAAAGACGAGGAGGCACUGGUGCGAGAGGAGCAGCGCAUUGAAGCUGCGAUUGCGCAAAGGAAGCAAGCGAGACGACAAUCGGGAACAAAACUGAGGCAAAUAUUGAGAAGAUGCAGUAGAGAUGAAAAAUCGAGAAAAUCAAGUUUUUGACCCCGCGAAGUUUAUUUCGAAAACGAAAAAGGUCACAAAUACUCGUUUGCGAAUUUGGGAUUUCUCGCCCGUUUUAUCUGAUUCUGUUGGUUUCUUUUUCCUCAAAAUACACGGGGUUGCUGGCUUCUAGCUCGAGCAACAAGCUUUAAACUACAAAUAGACAGUAUCUUUACCGGUGCAGGCACGCAAUCUUGUCACGGGCUCUAGGGUAAAGACUCGUCUUGUCACGGGCUCUAGGGUAAAGACUCGUCUUGUCACGGGCUCUAGGGUAAAGACUCGUCUUGUCACGGGCUCUAGGGUAAAGACUCGUUGGCGCAUCGCUAACCCCUGGAUGGCGUGUGCGCACUUCCCCGGCUGUCGUGUAUUGCUGGCGAAUUUACUUACUUUUUUUUCCUGAUGCAGAAUUCUGACUUAUACUUCCUCUCUCAGAAACUCCAUGACAGAUAUAUAAUUCAUCAAGCUUUAGAAAGCGCUGCUUGUCACUAGUGAAGGUAAUAUAUCAUAUAGCAGUUUUAAACAUCACCAAUGUUUGGCUUGUGGAUAUCAAACGUCAUUGCGGUAAUCUGUAACAUCCCCUUAGACAAACAAAACCUCUCUAUUUAGCGUUAGGGUACAUUUUAAGAAAAUAUUUUCUUUGGUCUAAGGUUAUAUUUCCAGCCGCUUCUAGGCCUCCUCAGCCCUACUGAAUGCGGGCCACCAGAAAAGAGCUGAAAAUGAGAAUAUGUCGCCAUUUUGAAAACUAUUCAGAACACCAUGGAAACACGUUUGGUUAUUGCGGUAACCUGUGACAGUAGUCUUUGUAGAAAGACGUGACUUUGAUUUUGGUAGAUCUACACAAAGCAGCAAUUGUUCGUUAUGUUAUUGUAACGGUGUUAUCUUCGUUCUCAAUGAACACGACCUGGAGUGUUAAAUGAAGCCAUCAGCUAAGGCAGAUCUAUUUGAACAGCCCCUUGUACUGUUGUAUUCACAGACAUUCAAUAAAGUUGUCAACGUGUCCACGCAACAUAAA